UGUUUCCCGUUGUGUGUUUCUGUUUCGACGGGUCCAAGGUUACAGGAAGGAAGGAUAGAGAGAGCGAGGGAAGAGGAGGCUCGGUGUCUGCGGAGGUUGCGCUGGGCUUCUAAUGAAUUAACACUGCGCAUUAAGCUCGUUUAUUAAAGCCAGGAUGGCUGCCACAGAAGCGAAGGCUGUCAGCGGUUCAGCCGCUAUCGUUGCAGACUCCCCGGACUCCAGCGCCCUGGGAGAGGCACAGACCCUGCCCCCCGAGGACCGCGCCUCGCUCCUGGAGAGCGGAGAGGAUUUCGAGAUGCUGGACCAGGAGGAGGAGGGCGAUGAGGAUGAUGAUGACAUCAGUGACCUUCCUCCUUUGGAAGACGCCGGAAACAAGAAGGAGGAAGAGAAGCCGGAUAAGUCCGGGGCCGGGAGCUCGAGGAGCAGAGACACCCAGAGCGGAGACCCCGACCGGGGCAGAGAGAGGACAGAGGAGUGGCUGGAAGUGCUAGGGAACGGGAUGCUGAAGAUGAAAACCUUGGUCGCAGGCAAGGGAGAAGACACCCGACCUAAGAAAGGACAGGAUGUCAAAGUGCACCUGAGGACCAUGCUGGAAGACGGGACCACGGUGGAGGAGGAGCCAAGCCUCUCUUUCACGUUGGGGGACGGUGAUGUCAUCCAGGCCCUGGACAUCUGUGUGCAUUUAAUGGAGCUGGAAGAGAAAGCCCUCAUCUACACUGACGCAAAAUACGCUUACGCAAGCCUGGGGUGUCCCAGCCCCGCCGUCCCCCCGAACGCCAGCCUGUCCCUGGAGGUGCAUCUGCUGGAGGUGAAGCCCGCUCCCGACCUGGAGCUCCUGCUCCCCCGGGAGAAGAUGGAGCUGGCCAGCAGGAAGAGGGAGCGGGGCAACGUGUAUUACCAGCGGGGCGAGUUCGUCUACGCCAUCACCUCCUACGGCAUCGCCUUGCAGGUGGCAGAGUCCAGCUCCAAAGUGGACAGCACGCUGGACGAGGACGCAGGGCUCCUGGACGUCAAGGUGAAGUGUCUGAACAACAUGGCCGCGGCCCAACUGAAGCUGGAGCACUACGAGGCAGCUCUGAAAUCCUGCACCAGCGUCCUGGACCACCAGCCAGACAACAUCAAGGCUCUCUUCAGGAAGGGCAAGGUCCUGGCCCUGCAGGGAGAGUACUCCGAAGCAAUCGGGAUUCUGAAGAAGGCGCUGAAGCUGGAGCCUUCCAGCAAGACCAUCCACGCAGAGCUGUCCAAGGUGAUGAAGAAGCGCCUGGAGCAGAGGGGUGUGGAGCAGGCCAUGUACAAGAAAAUGCUGGGGAACCCGAGCGGGAGCAGCAGCAUCGGCCACGAGCAGAGAGCCAGGCCCUCCUGGAGCCUCAGCUGGAAGUGGCUGUUUGGCGCGACCGCCGUUGCGAUCGGGGGUGUGGCCUUGUCAGUCGUCAUCGCGGCCCGGAACUGAAGAGUCCAGCGGCGUUGCGAGGGAGGAGGAGUCUCGAAGCAAUGGGAGAACCGCGCCGCGUUCCGUUCACAGGGAAGAGCCAUCGCGGCCGUGAACACGCUGGGUCCCACCAAAUGAAAAUACAGAAAUCUAUCCAAUUUAAAAUAAAUAGAUAUAGAUAUAUAUAUGAGAGAGAGAGAGAGAGAGAGAGAGGAGACAACCUUUACACAACAAAGAUGUGCAGUGGUGUGUCUUUUUAAAAAAUAUAUAUUAUUUCUGAAUGUGUAAGCGACCAAGUCAGUGAAGAAUUGGUAUUAAAUAAAACACUUUGUAUAGAAAAUGUUAAUUAUUUGACUGACAGUUAUGGGCACAAUUUAUAACUAUGAAUGUGAACUAUAUAGUAUCUAUUUGGGGACACUGGGUAUGGGCAUUAGAGGCUGUAGUGUUCAUUUAAAUAUCCUCUCCCCCCCGCAUCCUUCCAGCAGUAACAAUCACAACCUUUUUGGCUUCAUAGCAUAGCUUUACCAGGGCAGCCUGGAUCUGGGCUUGGUGCUGCCGAGACUCGUAGUUACGCUAUCCUGUGAGAACUACAGGACGUGUUGCUGGAGGGAGGAGUCGUUUUACUCGCUCGCUGCUACUGUGUCGUUUAACAACGAGGCUAACGCUAACGCUAACGCAGGCUCUCGUCAGACUGGGGUAGCUCUGUGUCGUUUAACAAUGAGGCUAACGCUAACGCUAAUGCAGGCUCUCGUCAGACUGGGGUAGCUCUGUGUCGUUUAACAACGAGGCUAACGCUAACGCAGGCUCUCGUCAGACUGGGGUAGCUCUGUGUCGUUUAACAAUGAGGCUAACGCAGGCUCUCGUCAGACUGGGGUAGCUCUGUGUCGUUUAACAAUGAGGCUAACGCUAACGCAGGCUCUCGUCAGACUGGGGUAGCUCUGUGUCGUUUAACAAUGAGGCUAACGCAGGCUCUCGUCAGACUGGGGUAGCUCUGUGUCGUUUAACAAUGAGGCUAACGCUAACGCAGGCUCUCGUCAGACUGGGGUAGCUCUGUGUCGUUUAACAAUGAGGCUAACGCUAACGCAGGCUCUCGUCAGACUGGGGUAGCUCUGUGUCGUUUAACAAUGAGGCUAACGCAGGCUCUCGUCAGACUGGGGUAGCUCUGUGUCGUUUAACAAUGAGGCUAACGCUAACGCAGGCUCUCGUCAGACUGGGGUAGCUCUGUGUCGUUUAACAAUGAGGCUAACGCUAACGCAGGCUCUCGUCAGACUGGAGUAGCUCUGUGUCGUUUAACUAUGAGGCUAACGCUAAUGCAGGCUCUCGUCAGACUGGGGUAGCUCUGUGUCGUUUAACUAUGAGGCUAACGCUAACGCAGGCUCUCGUCAGACUGGGGUAGCUGGUAUCUCUUAGAUUAGACUUGCUAAAUAUUUAUGGGGUCUGAUUUGAUGCUUUUUGCUUUUUUAAUUGGCAGUUUGUAAGUCGUUUGGCAAAUGAUUUCAGUGCUUUGCAGUAUAAAGUUUAUGGAGCUAGUAAAUCAAGGAGCGCUGGCACCUUUACAGUCAUUCCCACGAACAUCAGCACCCUGGAAAUGAUAAAAAGACCUUGACAGAGAGAACGUAUGUGUGUGUGUGUGUGUGUGUAAUUUAUAUUUUACGGCUGAGGACCAAUUUAAUAAAAUGAAAACAUGGGCUCCCUCUGACCAAAACUGUCUGGAUUGAAAAAGAAGUGAUGGUAAAUCCAUGGAUCUUGUGUUGACGGUGCUGAUCCGAGACGUGAACGCGGUGUGCUGUGUGACGAGAGCUGGCUGAUGUGUUGCAUGUGGGUGCUCCUGUGGAAUGAGAUGCAUUUUGUCAAGUAAGAAAUCCCGGGCAGGAGUAAACGGGAGCUGUGUAGACGUUAUUAAAGAAAUGUUUGUA